AUGUCAUGCCCAGACUGUUUCCGCGGCUCCGUCCACGAAGGGGACCCGCGCGGCAAAGUCACCCACGCCUACGGUCUAGAAACAUACGUCGUCGAGCCGUCCAACGGCCAACCCCCGAAAGGAAUCGUCGUCCUGCUACCGGACGGCUUUGGCUGGGAGUUUGUCAAUCUGAGGCUGCUUGCUGACCAGUAUGCCGAUAUGGGCGGGUUCAAGGUGUAUGCGCCCGAAUUCAUGAACGGGCGAGCCAUGCCAUUCCGCCACUUGUUCCGCGUUAUAUGUGCCAUGGUUCCCUUCAUCACCUACAACUGGCCCAGCAGGGCAUGGCCCCGCGUCAAGGGCUUCUUCGAACAGCUCCGCAAGGAAGAGGGCUCCUCCCUACCAGUCGGCGCCGCGGGCUUCUGUUGGGGCGGCAAGCAAGUCAUUCUCCUGGCCCACGGCGACACGAUCGACGGAAGACCACUGAUUGACGCCGGAUUCACGGGUCAUCCGAGCCUUUUGAGUAUUCCGGGCGAUAUCGAGAAGCUGAAGGUGCCC